AUGCACUUCAACGCUCUCAGACUGGUGGCACUUCUCCUGUCGCCUCUCCUUGUCACGGCAACACCCAUCGCGUCGCCGAGAGGCGGCGGUGGUGGAUUCAGUGGGAUUUUUGGAGGAAGCUCUGGUGGCUUUAGAGGAUCUUCUGGGGGUAGCUUUGGAGGAAGCUCCGGUGGCUUCAAAGGCUCUUCCGGGGCCGGCCGGGGCGGCAUUGGAAGCUAUGGCGGGUAUGGUGGUGGCCGCGGUGGCUCCUCGUCGUCCACUGCCAGCGGCUUCGCCGCCGGAGCCUUCUCGGGGUAUAUGGGAGGUGUCUGGGUUGGCCAUGGCCCCUUCUAUGGGGGAGCAAACGGCAGGGAAACCGAGAAGGAGCCCCCGGCCGACUGCAUCGUCGCAAAGGCCGUGAACAAAGAGCUCGAGCCGAGCGUGGACUGCUUCUACUCAUGGGAGCACUGGCACUAUGACAAUUUCCUCUUCUAUGUCAUUCGGAUCACACCAACAGGCCAGAACAGCGAAGGCUGGGCCAAGGGCGUGCUGGACAACAUUAAAGAAGAGUGUGGUUCCAAUCAUGUCGACUUCUGGAACGAUCACUCUGCACGCCUAUUCAACUCCAACGAAGACUUUGGUGAGCAGCGGAAAAUCAACGGCACCAUGUUCAAGGGCCUCGAGAUGACUGUUCCCCUGGGGAAGUGGACCCCGGGUGAGGAUGAGAGAAGCUGCGUGACUGAAGCCAUCAAGAAAGCCUCCUGUGGUGUUGAUCUCACAUUCACCAACGGAUCUUGCUAUCGAAAACCCGGGACUCUACUUGUGCCCAUCACCAUUAAUGAGUGA